AUGGCUACAUAUUGGAUGAUCCCUUUGGCGGAAUUGCCCAGCGUGCGAUUCCCAUCACUCACCAAGGCAAAAAAUGAACUGAAUGCAGCAACUUACUCACAAUUCACGCGACUUGCUUAUACUCGAUGUUUUGGUUCUGUGAAUUCACAGUUACUGGAAACCAUCAUUCAUGAGAACCACGUGUGUACAGUUGGACGUAAGCCGAAGAAUUCACUGGUUACAUGGAAACUGGAGAAUUCACUAAGCCUCGUUUAUCAUCCCUCUUCUUCGCGGUUUUGUAAGUAUUUCCUUCCUUUGCUUGGUCGUUUCAAGGAGCUGUAG